AUGGCGGAGUGUGGUUAUGAAUUUACAACAAUGGGAGACCACAAUAUUGCACGUUUGACGCUCAUCAUUAUCUUUGUUCUUGGUUUUGUUGUUACGAUGGUAUUCAACGUUCUUGCUGGACCAGGAGUCGCUCCCUUUGAGCAAACUACAUCAAAUGUGUCAGCCAAGUACGACACUGAAAUCACUCCGUCUGGAUGGACCUUCUCCAUCUGGGGUGUCAUUUACACCUGGUUGGCCGUUAUGCUGAUCUACAUUGUCGCUAACAUCUUCAGGAGAAAUGCCUACGGGCGGAUGUACUGCUCUCCACCGGUGUUGCCUUACGGAUUCUUCUUCACCUGGAUUUUCAAUUUCGUGGCUAACAUCGCUUGGCUCUUGCUCUGGGACAGAGAGGAGAUGGUCGCAUCAUUCAUUUUUCUCGCGCUUAUCGCCUUCUCAAACUACGCGAUUAUAUUCUUCGCCUGUCAAGGCCUUAACGCGUAUGGUGCUUGGCUAAACAAGUAUCACAAAGUGGAUCUCUGGUGCAUGAGAAUUUUGGUUCUGAACGGCAUUGCUGUAUACACAACAUGGACAAGCAUUGCCACUCUACUCAACUUGGCCAUCGUCACUGACUACGAGGCAGGCAUGAGUCGAUCUGAUGCGGCCACCCUGUCACUGUCUCUCCUGCUUGCGGAGGUCGUCGUUUGGUUUAUCCUUGAGAACUUUGUGAUUGAGAAACAUGUGCGUUACAUCCUAACCAUCUACCCCGUGAUCAUCGUGGCUCUGAGCGGGAACAUGACAAAGAAUUACGAUGCUGCUUCGCCCAGUCGCAACGGCAUUUUCAUUGCUGUUCUCCUGGCUUUGGCCUGUCUCCUGUUUGCGAUCAGGAUUUGUUUAGUCGUUUGGAGGCACAAGAAGCGGCCUCUGUACGAAGGUCCAGAUGGAGAGGAAGUGAUGUCGCCCAUGGCAAUUGCUGAAAAGCGUAAAAAGAUUCUUAAAUAA